ACUUCAUCUUCUUCCUCUAGAAAUCCCCUUAUCCACCUCUCUCUCUAAACCCUCUCUCUGUGUUUUUAUACAUUACAUUCAAAAAUAUCUAACAAUGUCUUGUACCAUUAAGCCUCUAUUCAAGCCAUUAUCUAUGGCAAACGCAUGUUUGGUUUCACUUCCCUCGUCUUUCAGUACAAGGGCAUCGUCUUAUCCAAAAUUUCAGCUACUAUUUUCAUCUUCUUCGAUAGUUCCCAAGUCACUUUCUUUGAAGAAGACAUCACGUUCUUCACCGCUGGUGGCUUACGUUGCUCAAACCUCAGAUUGGUCUCAAGAAGACAUCACAACGCUCGUUAAAGAAGAAGUAGAAGAAGAAGAAGAAGGCGAUGAACAAAGCUCUUGGGAAAACGAGGGUUCUGAUGUCGGUGAGAGCGCAUCCGAGGAGGAGGAAGAAGGGUCUGGAGAGGUAGGAGGAGUGUUUUUUCAGGAACCUUCUGAAGAUGCUAAGGUUUUCGUCGGCAAUUUAUCUUAUGAUGUUGACAGCGAGAAGCUUGCUCAGUUGUUCGAUCAGGCAGGUGUUGUUGAGGUUGCUGAGGUUAUCUACAACAGGGAGACAGACCAGAGCCGUGGUUUUGGGUUCGUGACAAUGAGUAGUGUUGCAGAAGCAGAAAAGGCUGUUGAGAUGUUCAAUCGAUAUGAGAUAGAUGGAAGACUGUUGACAGUAAACAAGGCUGCUCCUAGAGGAUCAAAGCCAGAACGUGCACCUCGAUCAUCGUUUCCUUCGUCUGGUUCAUCGUUUGGUCAGCCUUCGAACAAGAUAUAUGUUGGCAACUUGCCAUGGAGUGUUGACAGUGAUCGGCUUCAGCAGGUUUUCAGUAAGUAUGGUAAGGUGUUGGAUGCUAGGGUAGUUAUUGAUAGAGAAACUGGUCGUUCUCGAGGGUUUGGUUUCGUGUCAAUGUCUAACGAAGAUGAACAAAACGAAGCAAUUACCAACCUUGAUGGACAGAGCUUGGAUGGAAGGGCGAUUAGGGCAAAUGUUGCAGAGGAAAGGCCAAGAAGGGGGUUUUGAUUUGAAAGAGAUAAAAAUUGAAGUGAAAUCCAAUGGCAUUCUUCAUCCUUUAGACUGUUUUCUUUUUGCUUGAACUUGUUGUUUCUUUCUUGUUUUUUCGAGUUUAAAUUAUUGUAGAAACGAGUUAAGUUUUUGGUGGGAUAUAUCUACAGGGUUCUCAAAUGGUAAAAGUCUCCAACUUGUUUCUGAC